AGAGAGAGAGUUUUUCAAUCAGCUGUCCCCAAAGAUCCGAUUCUUUCUCUCUCUGUUGUUUCUUUUACCCUCAGAUAUAUUUAUUGUUGUUCUCUUUCUCUCAUCUAUUUCCACAAAUAAUAUCUCCCUCCGUUGCGUGUGCUUCAUUCAUGGUGGGAUCAUGCAGUUUCAUUUGUUUUUCUUUCUUAGAGAAUGAGAAAUCCGCUGAGAGAGAAGAAGAAGAAGAAAGCAUCCUCCUUUCUUGAGCUUCAAUGGUUCUUGAGGCUAAAAAAUGUUCCUUUUUGGGUGAUAUUAUGUUCAGCCCUAUUUAUUUCGCAUACCCACGAGCUUAAUGCAGAGUUGGAGGUCGCCAGAUUUCUGGAGUGUAUCCGAGAAGAAAUCUAUUGAGGAGAGGCUCUGAAUUGAACAUAAGGAAUAAGAUCACCUUUUGAACUUCAGUACGUCAAUUUGUGGAAGAGAUGAAGAAACAAGGUGACUUGAACGUGAACUUAGUGCAGAGGCACAGUGAUUCACAUAGAGAAUAUAUGAAACAUACAAUCCUCAACCAGGAGCUCAUCUUCAGGAAUCAGAUCCUUGAGCUUCAUCGAUUAUACAAGAUGCAGAAGAUGCUAAUGCAAGAACUCAGCUGGAAAGAGCCCGGAAAAUGCAAUAUUUGGAAAGCCAGCACUCAGUCAAAUCUAACCCAACUUACAAUUUUUCAUGAAAUUCCAAAGGCUAUAGAGGAAUGCACUUCCUCCUGCAACAAGCUUCAGCAGAGGCACCUUGAUCUCGAGGAGAGGAUGAUAAACUGCCAGCUUCCUGCUAUUGAGUAUUCCAACAGCAGGGAUGCGCACCGUUUUGAAAAGCAAAUUUUAAGAGAUUAUUUAAAAGAAUCAGAAGAUGGUCCUCAGUCCUGUGGUGAUGAUUUUGCCAAUCUCAAUAAUUUGAAGCUUUCCUUGGGCAAUGGAGAGUGCAGUGAGGAGAUGGGAGGCACUUUGACUAUAUCGGAUGCUAAGAGAAACUACUCCUGUUCCCCUGGCAUUACAAAUCGUCAAUGUCCGGUUAGAAGGAUGUUCAAUGAGAAUGAUAGACUCACGCCAUUGCCACAUGAAAAUUAUUUCAACUUAUCUCUUUUAUCUGGUCAAAGCAUCUCGAAGAGUGCAAAGUGUGAUCCGUCUGAUGGGAUCACAUACUCUAAAAGCCAACCUAGGUUCAACUUUCUGGAUGAAGCUCAGGAAGAGUACAUUGCAAAAAUUCCAGACGACAAUCUCCAGCCCAGGAAGCCUCCUGUUGUUGAUCUUAAUACAGUUAUUGUUGACAGCUCACCUUGUUACUCAAAUGAUGCUACCGCUGUCACCAGUCACUCGACGUCCUUAGCCGGGAAGGUUCGUCCAGACGGUCCAGACGGUUGUUGUAUUUUUGGCUAUGUCAUGAAAGAUGGCAUCAGCAGCUCAGAUGAAAAGCAUAACAUGCUUCAAGGAGAGAGACGCUUGAAUAAUGCCAUGCUGAACUCCGAGGGCAAAACCAUUAGUGGACUCACAGGAAAGAAUCACCGCGAUGAUGCCAUUACAGUUGCUGAGAUUAGUUCCGUGGAUCUUGAGGCUUCAUCCAGGAGGCUACCGGGAUGUUUUGAACGUGUUGGCACUAAUAAUGGUACUAUCAGGAAUGAAGAUGUUGAGCUUACAUCAGAAUCUUCAAAUAGUCUUGUCCUGGAGCAGCAGGAGGAUAAUGCACGAGCAAAAGAUUCUGAUGAUGAUGAAAAAGACGCUCUGCUUUCUUCAUCUGAGAAAAGCUGUCAAGACGCAAGUCAAGAUGGAUAUCGGCAGAUGCAAUGUGGGAUCAGAAGCAUGGAUAGUGAUUCAAGUAGCAUAAAGACAGCACAAUCUGGACACGGAGUUGGAAAAUCUAGCUCUUUCAUGUCAGAAGAAAAAUCAAUAGCACGUCAAGCUGUGGAAACCUCAUCAAACAAGGAGGAAACAGCACAAAGAAUAAGCAUUGGACCCGAGAACAAUUGCCCGGGAAGGCAAGAUUCACCUGAAGGUGAUGAAUUGAUCCAAGAAGCAGCUAAUUCACUCAUCCGAAUUUCACUUACAGAUCCAGCUUGGUUUGAAGACUGUUCUAGGCAGGUGGGAUCUAAUGAAGUAGAGAAGGAUAUUGACAAUCCUACGAAAGCUCCGUCUUCUUCUGAUUCCUAUGAGUUGAACGUGCUCAUGCUAGAGGAAAACAGUACAGAGGAUUAUUCGGUUACCUCAAAGGCAUUCGACAUAGCAGAAGCGUCGGAUAAGGAUUUCAGCGUUAGGCUGAGAAGGGGUAGGAGAUUGAAAGACUUUCAGAAGGAGAUAUUGCCCGGGUUAGCUUCUCUUUCCAGGCAUGAGAUUCUCGAAGAUGUUAACAUUCUAGAGGGAGUCAUUAGAUCGAGGGAAUACCGGAAGUUAAGAGCCAACAUGGCUGAUGGGGAGAUGGUGUGCACUCCCUUGAGAAGCAGACGGUCGAGAUCCUAUCAUGCAGGACGAAGAAGAUAUUGUUGACUAAUAUUGCUUCUUAGAUGUUAUUUGCCUUCCUAUAACUUCAAGUGAUGUGCCUUGGCACUACCAAUUAUUGUUUUCUCUUGCCAUGGCUAUGUUUUAGAAGCUUUUGGAUGCAAAGAAUGUUAAUCUAGUCCCCCUAGGAAUUUACGAGUACUAUCUAUAAGCAUCAAUGUUUUAGUGUUACUAUUAACCUGUCUUGGUUCUUCAUUGCAGAAGGACAGUUGUGACGUAAGUUCUAAAACAGUCAAGUUUAUGCACUUGCCGUGAAUAAUCUCAAUGUUCAGAGAUGAUCUCUGUUUUUGCAAAUGAUUGUCACAAUAAAGGUUA